UCUCUUGUAUCAUAUAUUCUAGACUGUUGCACAAUAUCUUUUCUAAAAGAAUGACAAGUGAGCAGCAAUCUGUCUUUUGUAACCAAAUGCAGAGUGAAGCAUUUGGUGAGAUUAAGAUAGAUCAAAGCCUUAUUCAACGGCGAAAUGCUAAUUACAAGCCAAACAUUUGGAAUUACGACAUCUUGCAGUCUCUUAAAAGCGAAUAUUCAGAUGGGAAAUACAUAACCCAAUUAAUAGAAGCUCAAAAGUUGAAAGAGGAAGUUUUAUGCCAUCUGGCAGAAAUAGUGAAUCCAUUGGCCAAAUUAGAGCUUAUAGACAGCAUAAAUAAAAUGGCUCUCUCCCAUCUCUUUGAGAAGGAGAUCAUGUUGUGUCUACAAGACAUGGAAUAUGCAAAGAAGAAGGAUUCUGGCGGUGAAAUGGAUCUCUAUUCUACUGCCUUAUAUUUUAGAAUUUUUCGGCAGCAUGGCUAUAAAGUGACACAAGAUGUAUUCCUUAGCUAUAUGGAUAAAUUGGGUGAUCAAUUCGAGGUAGACGCAAACAUGGAUCCAAAAACAAUGGUGCAACUAUUUGAAGCCUCUCAGUUGGCCUUAAAGGAUGAAAAUAUGUUGAAUGAGGCUAGAAUAUUUUGCACUAAGAAUCUAAAAAGUUCAAAUAUUAUUCCAAUGGAAAUGCCACUGCAUUGGCAGGUGGAAUGGUACAACACCAGAGGGAAAAUAUCCAAACAGGAAAAUGAACAAAGGGGGCCAAACUUUAAACUUCUUCAACUAGCUAAACUCAACUUUAAUAUGGUCCAAGCUGAGCAUCAGAAAGAUCUGGUAGAUAUUCUGAGGUGGUGGAGAAAACUUGGACUGAUAGAACAUCUAAGCUUCAGCAGAAAUAGAAUUGUCGAAAGCUUUUUGUGGUCAGUUGGCGUUGCUUUCGAGCCUCAGCAUUCUAAUUUCAGAAAUUGGCUCACCAAAGCCAUCACUUUCAUUAUACUAAUUGACGAUGUUUAUGACAUUUAUGGCUCUUUACAACACCUACAACUCUUCACCAAUGCUGUUGUCAGAUGGGACCCUAAGGAGGUUGAGCAACUUCCGGUAUGUAUGAAAACCUGUUUUUGGAAACUAUAUGAUACUACAAAUGAUGUAGCACUUGCAAUUCAGCAACAAAAAGGUUGGAAAUUACCAGUGUCCACAUAUCUACAAAAAGCGUGGGCUGAAUUUUGCAAAGCACUUCUUGUGGAAGCUAAAUGGGAUGCAAAGGGUUAUACACCAUCAUUUUCUGAUUAUUUAGAUAAUGGGUGGAAAUCAUCAGGUGGCCCUGUGCUCUCUCUUCAUGUUCUUCUUGGUUUAGCUCAAGAUUUCACACAAGUUAUGGAUUUUCUGGAGAAUGAACACGACCUUAUACACUAUUCCUCCCUUAUAAUCCGACUUUGCAACGACCUUGGGACUUCAGCCGCUGAACUGGAAAGAGGUGAUUUGUCAUCGUCUGUCUUGUGUCACAUGAAGGAAGCAAAUGUUGAUGAGGAUGUGGCAAGGGAGGAUAUCAAAGACAUGGUAAUGGAGACUUGGAAGAAAAUGAACAAACAUUGCUUUGACAAUUCAGCAUUAUCAUUAGGACCAUUAAUAAAGUACAUAAUGAAUAUAGCGCGAGUCACACACUUCAUUUAUCAAAAUGGAGAUGGAUUUGGUGUUCAAGAUAGAGAAACUCGACAACAAAUCUUAUCUUCUUUGAUUGAAUCUCUACCUCUUGAGUCAGAGAAAACAGUACUAUGCAAUACGCAUAUUUACAUUGCUAAGAAAAAAAAGAAAUAGUGAAUAUGUACUAAAUUGCUUUUAUUGUUUCAAGACAUGAAUUAAAAAGACACUUCUCCUCAAAUAUGCCAUAUGCCACAACUGCAAUCAACAUUCCAUAAAAGGCUCUAAAUGUCAUGAAAGAGCGGGUUUGUCAAGGAAGUAAGCUUUUUCAGCCAGAGAUGGUGACUAAUGGACAAGGAAGAGGGAAGGGUGGCGGGAGGAGGAGGUGGAUGGUGGUGGAAAGUGCGGAGGUGGUGAUAGGAGAGAGUGAUGAAGAAGGAGAAACGAGGAAAGUAAUUAAAAAAAUAAAGCAACAUUAAAAAUGAAAUAGCCAUUUUCAAGGCUUUAACGCGCUGAGAAAUGGUUGGAUGUACGCACCCUACCAGAUCAGCGUGUCGUGUCUAAUAGACACAGCUUAACUUGAUUUCAGGUGUUCAAUAGGAACAAGACUAAGUUUAAGUGUCUAAAUGAAAAAACUUGACAAGUUUAAGGGGCUAUAUAAGUAUUGACAUAAGAUUUAACAAAAUUCGGCAAUUAUGUAUUGUAUAUCAUCCCUUUAAACAGCGACA